UCCUGCGGGCCGGCCCCGGUGCUCCGCGGCCUGGGCCUCCGCCGCCGCCCCGCCCGCGGCCGCCAUGCCGCACAGCUUCAAGCCCGGGGACCUCGUCUUCGCCAAGAUGAAGGGUUACCCGCACUGGCCGGCCCGGAUCGAUGACAUCGCGGAUGGCGCCGUGAAACCCCCACCGAACAAGUACCCCAUCUUCUUCUUCGGCACCCACGAGACCGCCUUCUUGGGCCCUAAAGAUCUCUUCCUUUAUGAAAAGUAUAAAGACAAAUAUGGGAAACCAAACAAGAGGAAAGGCUUCAACGAGGGAUUGUGGGAAAUCCAGAACAACCCUCACGCCAGUUACAGUGCCCCUCCGCCUGCCAGCUCCUCCGACAGCGACGUUCCCGAGAACGACCCGAUGGGGGGAAGCGACAUGGGUGAGGAUGAGGAGGAUGCUGCCAUGGCAGCCGUGGCCACGGAGAAGGUGGAAAGUGAGGAGGACUCGGAUCAGGGCAGCGACCACAGCGGGAUGAAGAGAAAACCCCUGGCUAUGAAGAUGCCGGUGACAAAACGGCCUCGGAAAUCCUCCAGUGACCUGGACCAGGGCAGCCCCUCCUUAUCAGAAGAGGAGAACUCAGAGACAUCUUCUGAGUCCGAAAAAAACAGCGACCAGGACUUCACUCCUGAGAAGAAGCCGGUGGCCAGGGCUCCCAGGAGGAUGCCAGCAGCAGGGAGGAAGAAGAAGAAGGUGGAGUCGGGCUCUGACUCGGAUUCCAAAGUGGAUUCGGAUUCAGAGAUGGGAAAUGCCACUGUGGACAUGACCAAGUCGGAUUCCAACUCCGAUUCUGACUCGGAUGUGUCUGUGAAGAAGACUCCACGGGGCAGGAAACCAGCUGAGAAACCCCCUCCCAAGCCCCGUGGCAGGAAACCCAAGCCUGAGCGUGUCCCCACCAGCUCCAGCAGUGACAGCGACAGCGACAGCGACGUGGAUCGUAUCAGUGAGUGGAAGAGGAGGGAUGAGGAGCGACGGCGGGAGCUGGAGGAGAAGAGGAAGAGGGAGCAGGAGGAAGAGAUUCGUCGGCUCCGGGAGCAGGAGAAGGAGGAGAAGGAGAAGAGGAAGGAGAAAGCAGAGAAGGGGGAAGAGAUGCACUCGGACUCGGACAGCAGUGCUGAGGAUGAAGCGCCCAAAAAGGGCCGGAAGGGUCGGACCAAAGCUCCGUCCUCCUCGGACUCAGAACUGGAGCUGGAGAAAGAGGUAAAGAAGCCAGUGAAGAAGCAGCCCUCUGAGUUGUCAAGGAAACCAAACCAGAAGGAGAAGAGAGGCCGGGAGGAGAAGCCACGGAGCAAACCCCUGAAAGUGGAACGAGGCCGGAAGAAAUCCGACCUGAUCCCUGAAAGGAGGAUGGAGAAGAAAAAGGAGCCCACAGUGGAAGAGAAACUUCAGAAGCUUCACAGUGAGGUCAAGUUUUCCCUGAAGGUGGAUAACCCGGACAUCAAGCGGUGUCUCAAUGCUCUUGAGGAGCUGGGCACACUCCAGGUCACCUCACACAUCCUCCAGAAGCACACUGAUGUGGUGGCCACGCUGAAGAAGAUCCGUCGCUACAAAGCCAACAAGGACGUGAUGGAGAAGGCUGCUGAGGUCUACACCUGCUUGAAGUCACGUGUCCUGGGACCAAAGAUGGAGGCAAUCCAGAAAGCCAACAAAGCUGGGGCUGAGAAGGAGAAAGGGGAGGUGGAGAAGAGCCAGGAGAAGCUGUCAGGAGGGGAGACACGGAAUGAGAAGGGAGAAGAGGAGACAAAUGCUGAGCUGUCGGGCCCUGUGAAUGGUGAAUCCUUGUCCCAGAAAGCAGAGGCCACAGAGGAGAAGGACAAAAGCCAAGGGCCAGGAGCCGGGGAACCGGAGGCGUCGAACGAGGAGCCCCUCAACAACGUGCAGGACUACCCGGCGGCCGGGCCGGAGCGGGAACGGGCUCCCGGGGACUCGGAGGCUGUUGGUGACACAGAGGAAAGCUGAGGAAAACCAGCUCCUGCCUGGAGGAGGAGGAGGAGGAGGAGGAAGCAGAGGGGCUGCAGAGGGUGACCAGCCUCUGCCUCAUCCCCUGCUCGAGUCCCUUCACCAAGUCACUGAGUAGCUGAUGUCCCAGGUCUUGUCCCGUGCCCCCCGGCCAGUGCCUCGGGGGGGGCUGUGCUGGUUUGUCUGGAUUUGUCCCCCUCUUCUUUGUUUGUUUUUUAUUUCUACAUUUCAUUUUACUUCUUCGUUGUUCCGGUUUCGUUUUGGUUUCCUCCCCCCCCCCCCCUCCCCUUACCUGAUUUCUUGUGAUUUCAAAUGAAUAGAAAGGAGGGUUUUUUUUUUAAAAUGAAAAACAAACAAACAAAACCCAACGACCCCCCCAACCGAACACGAGGAGCCCGGAGUGUCUGGUUCUUGAGGCAUCGCUGACUGUGACGAGGGGAGGGCAGGAGCAGCCCCCUGCCCAUCUUCCCCCCUCUCCCCUUUCCUUCCCUUGGGCCCUGGCCCACCCUACGAGCCAGGACCAGGCACCCAUGGGUGUCCCUGUCCCUCCUGAGGGGAGUGGGACAACCAACCCAGGCUGCUUUCUUCUUGGUUUUCCAACACCUUGGACAUGGCUUGGGGGGGGGGGG